ACAUGCUGAACUGUUUUUACUACUGACCUUAUGUGCAUUAAAAACAAAUAUACUUCAUCAAAUAACCCGGCAUAUUCAUAAGGAUUAAUUAUUUUGAACUAUAUUUUAUUUAAGAUAAUGACGAUGUUGUUGGCAUCUGGGCUAUCGACGAUAAUCUUGUUAAAAUACGCAUUCUCAAUUUUUCAAGCGAACGAAGAGUCAAAAGAUGUGAGUUUGUUGUUACUGGUAUACAUCUUUAUCAGAUGUUUGAAGUACACGAUUUUGGUGAUCAUACCGUGUUACUACUCGAGCAAGACCACAACGCAAGUCUCCAUCAUACGGAAAACUCUUCACGAUGCCCUAAACAAUGAUCACCAAUGCUUGUUACGUACCGUAUUUGUUUCAGAUAAAAUAGAUUGUCGCCGUCUGAAGGCGUUUUUCCAGCUGACACGUGACAGUGAGUUCGCGUAUGCGCUAUGGGGUGUGAUCAAUCUCAACAUGUCGCUGCCGCUCAGCUACAUCAGCCUCUGCACCACCUACUUAGUCAUCAUCAUACAGUUCUCCAAGUUCAUUGACUAAUGCUGUCAGAUAGCGACUAAGUGCUUACCGUUGGAUAAGAUGUAAUCAACUUCAAGAUAUCGCUACCGCUCAACUACUUAUACAUCAGCCUCUGCACCACCUACUUAGUCAUCAUCAUACAGUUCUCCAAGUUCAUUGACUAAUGCUGUCAGAUAGCGACUAAGUGCGUACCGUUGGAUAAGAUGUAAUCAACUUCAACAUGUCGCUGCCGCUCAACUACAUCAGCCUUUGCGCCACCUACUUAGUCAUCAUCAUACAGUUCUCCAAGUUCAUUGACUAAUGCUGUCAGAUAGCGACUAAGUGCGUACCGUUGGAUAAGAUGUAAUCAACUUCAACAUGUCGCUGCCGCUCAACUACAUCAGCCUCUGCACCACCUACUUAGUCAUCAUCAUACAGUUCUCCAAGUUCAUUGACUAAUGCUGUCAGAUAGCGACUAAGUGCAUACCGUUGGAUAAGAUGUAAUCAACUUCAACAUAUCGCUACCGCUCAACUACUUAUACAUCAGCCU